GAGAGAGAGAGAGAGAGAGAGAGGUGUGGACACCGCACGCACUAAGGAGGAGGAAGCUUCGUGGAAGCUGAGCAGGGCAGGAGAGAGAGGGAGGGAGGGAGACCCACACGGCCUUUGUGCCUUACUGACUCAUCCAACAACAGCGCACGUACUGCCUUUCUUUCAUUCUUCCCACUCGCAGUUCCCUCUGUGAUUGAAGACACGGUAUCUCCUUCGUUCCAUAAGAAGAACUGAAUUGUGCCUCAUAAAUCUGAGGGAAUUUCGGCUUAUCCGAGGGAAUUCAGGAUUUCUUGUUUGUUGUUCUUGGCGCUGCUACUAUGGGGAGGCGAUCUGGCGCUUCCCACUCGGAAGGAACACAAGUUUUGAAGACUAUCAAGGCCCUAGCAUGUUUUGGCUCGUCUUCAUCUGAUACUGGAAAAGGGCGAAGCAAGCGUUCAGUUAACAGAGUGACCCAUGGCUUCCACCUGGUUGAAGGAAAAGCAGGACAUGAUAUGGAGGAUUAUCAUGUUGCGGAAUACAGGAUGCUAAACAGUCAUGAGCUUGGGUUGUUUGCAAUUUUUGAUGGACAUCUCGGAGAUAGUGUUCCCAGCUAUCUUCAGGCUCAUUUGUUCAACAACAUAUUAAAAGAGCCUAAUUUCUGGAAUGAUCCUCUAGCAUCUAUCAAAAAUGCUUAUCAUCAAACAAACAAGUACAUCCUUGAAAAUCCAUCACAUUUAGGUCCUGGUGGAUCUACUGCAGUUACUGCAAUUGUAAUUGAUGGAAAAGUGCUCAUCGUGGCAAAUAUUGGUGAUUCCAGAGCUGUUUUGUGUGAUAAAGGCUCUGCUGUUCAGCUCUCAGUUGACCAUGAGCCACAUGUUGAGAGGAAAAGGAUAGAAAAUCAAGGUGGUUUUGUGACUGUUUUUCCAGGAGAUGUUCCAAGGGUCAAUGGCCAGCUUGCUGUUGCACGUGCUUUUGGUGAUCAAAACCUUAAAGCACAUCUAAGUUCAGAGCCUGAUGUCAGACUAGUGCAAGUGAAUUCGGGUAUCGAGUUUGUUAUAUUAGCUAGUGAUGGUUUGUGGAAGGUUCUCCAGAACCAGGAAGCUGUUGAUUUGGUCAGGCACAUUAAAAAUCCACAGACUGCAGCAAAGCGCUUGACUACUGAAGCUCUGAAUAAAGCAAGCAAUGAUGACAUCUCCUGCAUCGUCAUCCGUUUCGGACACUAAAAUGCACCAGCUUUCAGUGUCCUACAGAAUCGUUCUGAACGGAAGUCACCUCCUCCCUUCACUGGUCCACACGCUACACUUAAUGGCAGUUGCAGUGGAUUUUGUCGCAUCAAAGUGUGCUGGCUUCCGAUACUAUGAUCAGUAAAUUGAUCGGUGGUGCUGCAGUGGCACUCUGAUUUUGUGCCGUGGAUUGUGUAAAAGUAUAUAUCUAAAGUUGUGACGUGUACAUGAUAUGUAUGAUAUUGCAUUCUUUUUUCCUUUUAGAUAGUAUGGAUGUUCAUGUCUAUUAUUUCAUGAUUUGUUGAGAAUCUUGGUUGCAUCGGCUAGUAAACUAUGACUUUUGUGUA